CAUAAAUAGCAGCUCUCCCAGCACGGGGCCAGCCGCAGCUGGAGCAGCUUCCCCAGCACCCUGCACCAUGGCAGAGCCUUCGCUGCCCCUCUCCUUCCUCUGCCUCCUCGCCCUCUCCUCCGCCUGCUACAUCCAGAACUGCCCCCGGGGCGGCAAGCGGGCUCUGGGCGACACAGCGCUGCGACAGUGCCUGCCCUGCGGCCCCGGCAACAGAGGGAGCUGCUUCGGGCCCGGCAUCUGCUGCGGGCCGGAGCUGGGCUGCUACCUGGGCACGGCGGAGACGCGGCGCUGCGCCGAGGAGGAUGCGCUGCCCUCGCCCUGCCAGGCCGGGGGACAGCCCUGCGGCUCCGGGGGCCGCUGCGCCGCCAGCGGCAUCUGCUGCACCGCCGAGUCGUGCUCCACGGACAGCGGCUGCCUGGACGAGGGCAGCGAGGGCGCUCGGGAGGCGGCGGACGAGAAGAGCCUGGCGGUGCUGGACGGCUCUGCCGGGGACCUGCUCCUCAAGCUCAUGCACCUGGCAAACCGGCAGCAGCAGGGCAAGCACCCCCUGCUCUGAGCCCCCCCGAGCCCGACCCACCCCCCCAGCUCGGCUCUGUACAUACGACACCCAAUAAAAGUCCUUGUGCACUGUG